AUGGUGAACACGAGGAGAUCCCAGCCGCAGAGGAGCGACCCGUUCAUCUCCUCCAGGACUCGGGCUUCAUCCAGAGGGAAAGAGGAGCAUAAGGAGCCCAGUAGUGACAUGAGCGCUCCCAGCAGCCCGCGUCGCCCUCCGCAGAAGAGGAUGCGGCGGCAGAAUGCUUCAGAGCCCAGUUCAAGUGACACCUCUCCACCUCCUCAGAGCAAGGGCCAGAGGGUGAGCUGGAGCAUCCCCACGCAUAGGACCAGGUUGUCCUCGCGUGGAGUGCAGAAUGGACGUGCCUACAUGAGUCUCCGUAGCAGUGACCGUGUGAAGGUGGACCACUCUCACAUGAAUGGCCAUGUGGAGCUGAAGAGGAGCGGCAGAGUGAAGAAGAGCCAGUUCGAACAUCUCAACCAGAGCCUUCUGUUCGACCAGCUGGUCAACAGCACUGCAGAAGCUGUCCUCCAGGAAAUGGACAACAUCAGCAACAUCAGGCAAAGUCGUGAGGUGGAACAACUUCGCAUGUGGAAUGGCGACACUGAGGAGGAGAACAUGGACAUGUAUUCGCGGGUGAAACGCAGGAAGUCGAUGCGCCGGAGUACGUACGUGCCAGCCCACCACAAAUCCAUGAGCAAAGCAAACCAAGAAGGGGAGGAUGAUGACGACGAUGGAUCUGAAGAGUCCCAUGAGGAAGUGGAGGGAGACGCAGAGGAUGACGAUGAAGACGAUGAAGGAGAUGAUGUCGAGGAACCCGGAGAAGAGAACGACCGUCCGUACAAUUUGAGACAGCGCAAAACUGUGCAGAGAUACCAGGCACCACCCAUCGUGCCAGCCAACCGCAAACAAAGCAAUCCUUCACUUUUUGAUACUCACCGAUCUCCAGCAAGAAUAAGCCAUAUAAGGGUGAAGAAACACGCCAUUCACAGUAGUGACACCACGUCCUCAUCUGACGAGGAGCGCUUCGAGAGGAGGAAGAGCAAGAGCAUGACUCGAGCCAGGAACAGGUGUUUGCCUAUGAACUUGACUGCAGGAGAUUUGGCUUGUGGGGUCCUCCGAGAUCGAGCAAAGGUUGGGGCCAGUUUGGCGGAUGUAGACCCCAUGAACCUUGAUAACAAGGUGAAGUUUGACAGUGUGGGUGGUCUCAGAGACCACAUUCAGUCACUAAAGGAGAUGGUGGUGUUCCCACUGCUUUACCCAGAAGUCUUUGAGAAGUUCAAAAUUCAGCCGCCAAGAGGCUGCUUGUUCUACGGCCCUCCAGGCACAGGAAAAACCCUGGUAGCUCGAGCACUUGCCAAUGAGUGCAGCCAGGGCGACAGGAAGGUUUCUUUUUUCAUGAGGAAAGGAGCAGACUGUCUCAGCAAGUGGGUUGGCGAGUCUGAGCGCCAACUACGGUUACUGUUUGAUCAGGCUUAUCUGAUGCGGCCAUCUAUUAUAUUUUUUGACGAAAUUGAUGGUUUGGCUCCGGUGCGUUCAAGCCGACAAGACCAGAUUCACAGCUCUAUAGUGUCCACGCUCCUGGCUUUGAUGGAUGGCCUGGACAGCCGGGGGGAGAUAGUGGUCAUCGGUGCUACAAACAGACUUGACUCUAUCGACCCAGCGCUCAGGAGGCCCGGACGCUUCGAUCGCGAGUUCCUCUUUAACCUGCCCGACAAAAAGGCUUAUCUGAUGCGGCCAUCUAUUAUAUUUUUUGACGAAAUUGAUGGUUUGGCUCCGGUGCGUUCAAGCCGACAAGACCAGAUUCACAGCUCUAUAGUGUCCACGCUCCUGGCUUUGAUGGAUGGCCUGGACAGCCGGGGGGAGAUAGUGGUCAUCGGUGCUACAAACAGACUUGACUCUAUCGACCCAGCGCUCAGGAGGCCCGGACGCUUCGAUCGCGAGUUCCUCUUUAACCUGCCCGACAAAAAGGCACGAAAGCACAUUUUACAGAUUCACACGAGGGACUGGAAUCCCAAACUCUCUGAGCCAUUUGUAGAUGAACUCGCAGAAAAAUGUGUCGGCUACUGUGGCGCUGACAUCAAAGCACUUUGCACUGAAGCCACACUCGUGGCUCUGCGACGCCGAUAUCCACAGAUUUACGGCAGCAGCGUCAAACUGCAGCUGGACGUGUCCUCCAUCGUGCUGGCAGCGGGAGACUUCAGCCGAGCCAUGAGAAACAUCGUGCCGGCCUCUCAACGCGCUGUGGCUCCUGCAGGACGGGCUCUGUCUCAUGCCCUGCGCCCCCUGCUGGCCAACGCCUUCUCUCUGGUGCUCCACUCUCUGCUCCGAGUCUUCCCCCACGCCCAGCCUGACAGGGACAACACACACGGCGGUGACAAUCAUCCGUUUGAAGAGGACUUGUUCAGUGAUGAAGACGAUGCAGAAGGCUCCGGUUCAAUUUACGACCUCCGCUCUGCUCCAAACAACCCACUCUCGCCCUCUGCAACGCACAGACCCUUUAUCCACUUUUCUAACUCUGCACUCCAGCGGCCCACAUCGUACCGGCCUCGGCUACUACUCACGGGGCCCUCAGAUUCAGGACAGAGCUCCCACUUGGCCCCUGCUCUGCUCCACCAUCUGGACAAGUUGCCCGUGCACCGGCUGGACCUGCCCACCCUCUACUCCGUCAGCACCAAGACACCCGAGGAGUCCUGUGCCCAGGUCUUCCGCGAGGCACGCCGGAGUGUGCCCAGUGUGGUCUUCAUGCCUCACAUCUCUGAGUGGUGGGAAACCGUCAGUGACACUGUGAGGAGCACUUUCCUGUCUCUGCUGCAGGACGUGCCCUCGUUCUGCCCCGUCCUGGUGCUGGCCACCGCCAACACGCACUACUCCCAGCUGUCUGCAGAGGUGCAGAGCAUGUUCCAGCAAACCUAUGGAGAGGUCGUGACGCUCGGACCACCAGGAGAGGAGGACAGGAGGAAGUUUUUCUCUGACCUUUUGCUGGUGCAGGCUGCCCGGGCCCCCCCACGCCUGCGGAUCCGAGAGCGCUGUGAGGAGGUUCUGCCUGUAGCCCCAGCGCCGGGCCCCAGGGAGCUGUCUGUGGAGGAGCUGCGGCGUCUGUUUGAGCAGGAGGAAAACACGCUGCGUGAGCUCCGGCUUUUUCUCAGGGAUGUGACCAAGCGCCUGGCAAUCGACAAGAGAUUCAACAUCUUCAGCAAACCCGUCGACAUUGAGGAGGUGUCAGACUACCUGGAGGUGAUACGGCAGCCCAUGGACCUCUCCACCGUCAUGACCAAGAUCGAUAAACAUCAGUAUCUGACGGUGAAGGAUUUUCUCCGAGACGUGGACCUCAUCUGCAGCAACGCUUUGGAGUACAACCCCGACAAAGAUCCAAGUGACAAGGUGAUAAGGCAUCGGGCGAGCAGCCUAAAGGACACGGCUCACGCUAUUUUUGCUGCAGAACUGGAUCCCGAGUUCGACCGCAUGUGCGAGGAGAUUAAAGAGGCGCGGAGGAAAAGAGACUUCCAGACGCCGGCCGAGCCUACUCCAGCCUUUGGCGCCGUGGCAACCAGGAAGCAACCCCCAUCGGGAGAAGAGUCAGCCAAGGGCAGCACUCAGGGCGAGGCCACCUACAAGCAGGCCAUCCCCAAUCACAUAAAACGCAAGAUGCGACGGAGGUCAGCUUGGGGCCGAGGCAUCAUCCGCAAACGGAAAUACUCCAAGAGCAAAGACCAGGAUACGGAUGGCGAGGAGGAAGAAGAAGAGGAGGAUGAAGAGUCUUCUUGUGAAACUAUGGGCCCCCAAACCAAUGGACAUUUACCACACCUCCACUCCACAGAAGAAGAGAGCUCCAACGAACCGCCAGAGCAAGACAUGGCAGCCAAAGAUGAAUCUGAAAAGGUCACUCAUUGUCCUGACGGUGAAGCCAAAAACGAAAGUGAUAAACAGCCUUCAAUAGAAUUAUCAGAAUCUUCAGGGACAGAACCACCACCCAAGCACAUAGAUUGUUUGCUGGAGUCGCAAGUAGUAGUAGAAUGUGUCAAUGGGAACGAGUCCAUGGACAGCUUGGAUUCACAUAGCCUCCCCAGCAGCAACGACACAGGGACUGCUUUGGACAAUGGCCCCUCUAAAACUAAACUGGAUGAGCACAAAGAAACAUCUCCGAACAGCCUAUCAACUCAAGAGGUACCCCAGAAAGAAGAGCCAGCCACUGUGGAAAGCCCUGGCACAGUGGAAAGGGAAGACAUAGUGGAAAGGCCAGCUCCAGUGGAAAGGCCAGCUCCAGUGGAUAGGCCAGCUCCAGUGGAUAGGCUAGCUCCAGUGGAUACGGAAGACACCCUGGAGAAGGUAGAAGAUGAUACGUAUGAAGAAGAUUGUUCCAAAGCAGAGACAUGCCAGGGGAGCCAGUCUGAGCAGUUAAAGACCUCUGAAGACGUGGUCGAAAAGGAGUGUCCACCUGUUCCUGUCCAGCCACCUCUUAUCAUUGAUCACCAGCGAUUAUUGGUCUUACUGGAUCUGGCGGUGACAAAGAGCCAAGGCUUCAGCGUGGAUCAGCUCGAGAGGCUUUACUCGGUACUCGGUCAAUGUAUCUACCUGCACCGCCACCACUACGACAAGACCCAGCUACUGGAGGACUUGGAGAUCCGAAUCCAGCAUUUUGAUACAUUCCUGUGA